UUUAAAAUUCAUUUUAUUCUGAAACUGCGACACAGAAAAGAGUCAGAGGAUGAUUCUCACACUAUAGAUUAGAAGACAUCAUGAGAUCAUCAUAUUAUUGUUAUUAUUAUUUAUUAUUAUUAUUCAAUAAUAUAAGUGCUCUUAACUAAGCAGCUGAUUGGUUGGCUCAUGCCUCAGGGCCGGACCUGAUGACCACAGACACACAACGUGACAACGUGUUUUUACAGCUGUUUGUUAUUAAUCCUCAGAUUCUAACGUGAUGAACACGUGACAUAAAAAUAGUUAUAGUACAGUUAGUUGUCGACCAACCAGAGGAGCCGCUCGGAGCACCUCUGUGAGUCGCUGCCUCAGUGCGUCUUGUGUUUCCGUUGUAAGGUCUUUGGCGUCGCAGCGUGAUGCGUUGCGAUGGAGGAGGCGGAGCAAAGCCGCUACGUCGCCCAGCUGAAGGCGGAGUUCGAUAGCUGCGACACGACGGCCACCGGCUUCCUGGACCAAGAUGAGCUGACGGCGCUCUGCAGGAAACUGCAGCUGGAUGCUCACCUGCCGCCGCUGCUCCACACGCUGCUGGGGGGGCGGAGCUACGCCAGGGUGAACUUCCAGGAGUUUAAAGAAGGUUUCGUCAGCGUCCUGUCUCGCUCUCUGGACUUCAGCACGUCAGAGGACGACAGCAGUUACCUGGAGCCAGUCGUCCCGGAGGAGGUGAAGCCAAAGUUCGUGAAGGGAGCGAAGCGAUACGGCCGACGCUCCCGUCCCGACGCCGACCCGCUGACCCGUGACUCCGAGGACUCUUCCCUGUCCAGAGCCGAGGCCGCGGACUCGUCUCCGGGCGGCGUCCGCAGAGCCAAGCUGAGACGCUCCACGUCUCUGGAGAGUGUCGAGAGCCUGAAGUCGGACGACGAGGCCGGAAGUCAGAAGCCCGACUUUCAGUCUAAAGCAGCUCCUCUGCAGCAGGAGGAGGUGGAGGAGGGGGGGAUGCCCGGAGGAGGAGGAGGUGGAGGAGGUGGCGGCCAUGUUCUGACGGCUCUCUGUGAUCACCUGGGCCUGCAGCAGCUCAACACUCAGGAGCUGGACUCGCUGCUCAGGAAGUUGGACGCCGGCCUGGACGGCAGAGUCAGUAUCAGGGACUUCCAGAAGGUUCUCUGUGGCUCCGCCCCCAUCUCCUGCUCCACCCCCAUACGAGCCGCUGACCUGCAGAGGGCGCCACUCAGGUCUCUGUCUCUGUUGGAGGAGUGCUCAGUUCGCUCCACCUCGCCCUCCCUGCUGACGGCCACCGUGGGUCAGCGAGUCCUCAGUCGACUGGACGACGGCUCAGGAUGCACCAGCCCCGAGCGGGUCAUCGCCCUGUGGACCGAGGAGGGCAUCAGGAACAGCCGGGACAUCCUGCAGACUCUGGACUUCCCUCUGGAGGAGCGUCUCAGUCUUGCCGACCUGACUCUGGCUCUGGACAACGAGUUGCUGGUCGGUGGCAACGGCCUCCAGCAGGCGGCGCUCAUCUCCUACAAGAACGAGCUCCAGCACCUGCAGGUGGUGGCCGAGCAGGCCUGCUGCGAGCGGGACAAAGUGAGAGCAGACCUGGAUCUGGCCAAUCAGAGGAACCUAAAGCUGGUCAGGGAAGUGGACGACCAUCACGUUACCACGGAGACGCUGAACCAGAGCAGGAUCAGGGAGCUGGAGCAGGACUUCCGUGAUAGGCUGGCGUCUCUGCGCAGCCAGUCGGAGCAGGAGAACGAGGCCCAGCUGCAGCUUGCGGAGCGAGAGCGCUGCUCGCUGCAGGACGAGCUGCGGCUGCUCAGAGCGCAGGAGGCGGAGCUACAGGAGGACCUGUGCAGCGUCACGCAGGAGAACAGUCGACUGGAGGACGAGCUCAGUGUCGUGAAGCUGAAACUGACUGAAGCUCAGAGCUCAGUGAACAAACUGCACAGAGACAUGGACCAACUGCUGCAGCACAAGUUUGGCGGUUUGGACCCGGCGAGCGGAGGCCUGAGUCACGAGGAGCGAUACUCUGAAGUUGUCAGAGAACUGGAGCUGCAGUGCAGGGAGCUGCAGGACAGAAACGAUGAGCUGAGCUCGGAGCUGCUGAAGAGUCAGAAGAGAGACAGGAAGUCCAGAAGAUCUGCAGGAGACGCAAACGAUGCAACCGCGCUAAGCUGGACUGAACCACACACUGUCAACACCGUGUUAGACUCUGAUGACUCGGACAUGAAGCGUCGCUCGUCUCCUCUGGUGAAGAAGAAAUUGCAGCUGCCCGAGGACACGGUUGUCUCUGGUCCCGGCGUCAGUAUCCAGACUGAACUGGCUCUGGAGCAGCUGAAACACAAUCACAACCAGGAGCUGCAGCAGCUGCACAUCCAGCUGGACACACAGGUGAACUACUACGAGCGAAGUCUGGAGCUGAUGAGGCAGAGUAUGGAGGUGGAGCGAAAAGACAUCGCUCAGGUCUUCAAGCUGGAGAUCAGUGAACUGGAGGAGAACAAGGCUCAGGCGGAGCAGCAGGUGAAGCAGUUGAAGGAAACUCUGGAGAAACUGCAGACUGAGAUCCAACAUGGAGGAGGGUGGGGCAGCGAGCAGGAGCGCAGGGUGCAGUGGGAGAGGGCGGAGCUGGAGCAGAACUUUGCCCGAGAGAUCGGUAAUCUGGUCCAUAAACUGAGUGCCGAGAAGGACCAGCUGGAGGCGGAGCUGCAGCUGAAGCUGGACCAGGAAGUGAUGCUGGUCAGGGAGGAGUCAGAGCAGCAUGCCGAGGCUCAGCGCCGCCUCCUCCGCCAGGAGCAGAGAGGAAUGUGGGAGAAAAGGCUCGUCCAGUCAGAGCAGCAGGUCCGUCAGCUGGAGGAGCAGGUUCGGAGCGCCACCCUGCUGACCGGCCAAUCAGAGGCCUGUCUGGAGGAGGUGAGCAGGCACUGUGGUCAGUUAGAGGAUGACCUUGACGCUUCUCGUGGGCGGAGCUCUGAGCUGGAGGCGCGGCUGCAGGAGGCCUGCGCUCAGCUGGAGGAGAGCGUCGGCUUCCUGUCAUCUCACGAUGUUCUGAGUCGACGCCUGGCGGCGGAGAAGAGCUCGGUGGAGGCGGAGCUACAGCACGCGAGGACCAGAGAGGAGCUCCACGGUCACGUGACUCGGCUGGAGGAGGAGCUGGGAAACGUCCGGUCUGCAUCCGACAGCGUCCUGCGGGAUCGCCUCUCCAACGCCUUUGUCCAGCUGCAGGCUCAGGUCCGAGCCCGGGACCAGACCAUUGCCGCCCUCGGGGCGGAGCUGCUGAACAUGCAGGACGCCACGAGGACCAGAGCCGCUGAACUGGACUCGUUAAAGACGGACCGCGCCCGGCUGAUCCAGGAUCUGAAGGACCAGGCAAUGGCCGUGGACAAUCUGCAGCUGCAGCUGGAUGGAGUCUCCGAGGAGUUGGACCGGAGGAAGAGCGGCGAGGACAAGCUGCAGGAGGUUUUGGAGCAGGAGCAGACCAGAACCUCGCAGCUCCAGUCCAAUCUGGAUGAGGAGCAGGAAGCUGUCUGUCGUCUGAGCCAGGAGAACGGCAGCUACGCACGACUGGCCGACCAGCUCUCCACCCAGAUCGUAGAGAUGGAGGAGGAGAUCUCCGCCCUCAGAGACCACCUCCGAGACCUCAGCUCCCAGCUCAAUGGCACCGCUGACCUGGUCCUGGACCUCCGGAGGCAGCUCACCUCCAGAACCAGUGUGGUGGACCGUCUCCGGGCCGAGGUGGCAGACGGCGGAGAUCUCAUUCGGCAAACCAAGUCCUCGUCUGAGAUGCUGAGCGGCGACGUUUGUCGGCUUACUGAGCGGCUGCAGGCCCAGGACGCAGAGCUUGACCGGGCCCGGGAGCAGGUCCGCGGGCUGCAGCAGGACCUGCAGGACUCCAGGGCCCGGCUGAGGUCGUCGGAGGAAGAGUUUGAGGAUGAGAAGAGGAAUAUGAGGCGUCAGCUGCUGGAGCUGGAGCAGCUGGUUCUGGCUCUGGAGGAGGUGAUGGACCCGUCGGGUCCACGCAGGACUAGGCUGGAGGAGGUCCGGUCGGAGAACGGCGCCCUGCAGGAGCGACUCAGCGUCCUGCAGCAGGAAGUCCAGAACCUGGAAGACGACGUCGCCAAGAAGAGGAGGAAACUGGACGAGACGCAGCGAGAACACGAGCGGAGCAGAGAAGAAGAAGAGCGUCUGAUCAGAGAGAACUCCAGAUGUCGAGAGGAGGUUCUGGUUCUGAGCAGCAGGAACCUGCAGCUGAGCAACGACAACGCAGAGCUGAGCGCCCGUCUCCGUGGAGACCAGGAGUCGGUCCGGAUGCUGCAGGAGCGCCUGGCGACCGUCUCCAAGGAGCAGGAGGAGGAGAGAGCUACGGUGCGGCGGCUGCAGGAGGCGGCGACGCAGCAGGGGAGAGAGAAGCUGCAGCAGCAGACGUCGUGGUCGCAGGAGAAACAGCUUAUUGAGACAGAGCUGAGCUCCUACAAGGAACAGUUGGUUCGCUUGGCGGGGCUGGAGGAGGAGCUUAGCACCGUGACCUUCAAAUUGCAGCGGUCAGAGGAGGACAAGGUCAAACUGCUGCGAGAGGCCGAUGCCCGGAACGACAAGGUGGCAUUUGCGCUCGCACUGCAUUCGGGGGCCGUCGGCGUGGAGAAGCUGGGCCACGCCCAGGAAGUGACAGAGCUGCAGAGGAAGCUGCAGGAAGCACAGGCCAAGCUGGCGGCGCUGACCAAGGUGCAGGUGGAUCUGAGGACGCAGGCGGAGGAGCAGGCGGCGCGGGCUGACUCCGCACUCGGCCUGUUGCACGUGCAGCAGGCGGCGCGGCAGCAGCAAGCGGGUGAUGGCCGCCAGGUGGAGCAGCUGCAGCGCCUCCUGCUGGAGGGGCAGCGCCGCAGUCAGACACUGGAGGACACGUUGAAACUUCAGGCCCAACAGAGCAGCGUCAUGCAGGAACAGUACGAGAAGGCGGCAGCGUCCCUGCGGCAGCGGACCGAGGAUCUGGAGACGAAGCUGAACGGAGUCCGUUCGGUUCUGCAGGAGAAAGUCCAGCAGCUCAAAGAUCAGGCGUGCGUGCGUGUGUGUGACUGCAUCAUUUCUCAUGAAUCAUCAGCAUCAGAAUCACGUGACCUUUGGCCUCUGAUUAUUCCUCGUGUGCAGCUGACGAAAAACGCCAAGUCGAGCUCGCUGCUGAAGGACGUGUACGUGGAGAACGCUCAGCUGAUGGCGGCGCUGCAGGUCACCGAGCAGCGGCAGAAGAAGGCAGAGAAGAAGAACGUGGCGCUGGAGGAGAAGGUCGGCGCCCUCAACAAGCUGCUGAGGGAGAUCGUCCCCGCGGCACUCGCCACGUAGCCGCCGCACGGAAAACCUGUGGCCAAUCGGCAGCUGCUCUGAGAUCAGUUCCACUGAAGCAGCUUCUACAUUCAGGGGGCGUGGUUAGCCUAGCUUAGCACAAAGACUGAAAGCAGGUGGAAACUGUUAGCCCAGCUAAAAAAAAUCAGUGUUGGAAGAAGUCACAAUUUUCUCGAACAAAUGAAGUAAAAAUAAAAAAAUACAUCAGUUUAUUAGUGAAUAUUAGAUGUAAAAUGAUACAGGGGAAAACAACUAUAUUUGAAUAUAUAGUUGUGAUAUUUGAGAAAAUGUGGAAUAAAUGAUCUGUCAGCUGAAAAAUGAAGUCGUCACCACAACAAACGUGAACCUUAAAGUAUCUUCACUUUUUCAUGUUAAAUAAUUUUUAUAUUUUUUUAUAACUUUUUCUUGUAAAGUUUUGACCUUAUGUUAAAUACUGUGACCUUUGUAUGUUUGAAUUAUGGAAACUUUUUUAAUUAAGACGUGAAGUAUUUUUUUCGAAACGCUUUAUACUUUCAACUGCUUGUGGGUGUGGUCUCUUUGAGUCAUCUCUGUUCUCGCCUGUGACAUGUUCGACACACGCACGCAGGUGCUCUUAAGUAUUUCAGUCAUGAAGGUAUCAAGUUAUAUUAUUUUAUGUAUGUUGUCAGUGUCAGUGAGUCUCAUUUUGACGGUCUGCAGCAGCUGCUCAUCACGUAGUUUCAGUCUGUUUUUCCCUCAGAGUGAAACCUGUCCUCCACUCUGCUCUUUGACAUCAUUGUGUUUUUAUCUUCCAGUUUCAUGUAAAAGUUUAAUGAUCCACGUUUGUUUCCUGUUCACGUCGCUGCAGAUGAAGAAUAAAAGAUUUUCAUUAAAUCCAAA